AUGUUCCGUCGCCUGGGAUCGGUGGCUGCGCGUGCGGCGCAACAACGACCCCGAACCCAGGCAUUCCGCGGUCGCAGUACUCUCGCGGCGCAGGCAGCACGACCUGGUUCUAGUGCUACCGCGGUACAGGACCCGCUCGGCAGGAUCAGGUCGACCGACAUCUUCGGCGCUAGCAAUCCCCGCCUCAACGCUGCUCUCAUCACUGCCCUUGGUUCCUCCAAUGACGGAAAUUCGACCGGGCCUGACCCAACUAGCGUCCUCGCCGCAGUCAAGAACUACCUCGACGCGGGGGCCGACAUACCCAUCGCGCACCGGAAUAUCAUCUCCGCGCUCCUCUCGAAGCACUACUCCGAAGUUGCGGCGUCAGACGACGAGGUGACCGUCGUUGCCGACGCGCUGUGGUCGAUCUGCGGCGAGCCAAGGAGCGUGUUCAAUACCUCGGCGCGGGCCAAGAUGAAGCACCACUCCCUCGUGUGGCGCUAUGCCAAGUGGAUGGCGACUGAAGCUACGCGGGAUGAUGAGGCGCGCAUACGAGCCGUGCUGGAUGCGUUCGAGCGUCAGCUUGCCACAAUGUCGACCGAGGACAACGCGGGUGACGGGCGUCCCGUUUUCGGCUCACAGGCUGCCGCGUGGGUCCUCCUCCGCGCGCGACUGGGGAUCGCCGAGCCGACGGACAUCCUCCUCCGCAUGCCAUCGCUCGCACAGGUGAUGGGCCAGGUCGCCAAGCUGGGCGGGAACAAGGACGCGCCGGAAGUACAGGCGAGCGCUCGCGCGUUGUUCUCCAAUGACGCGAUGGCGACACUGCCAAGCACGGCCAAGAGCCUUGAGGGCCGGCUCGCAUUCCUUCGCGGCGACGGGAACAUCAAAAACAUCACCCGCAUGUGGGAGACGUUUACUACCAUACUCGACGGCAAGGAGUCACACGAACUGACUUCAGAUGGGGGAGUUGCGGCCCUCGCUGCCUUCAUCUGGGGUUGCUCGCCGUGGAAGAACGAGGUCAAGCAGGACCGCGCGGCGCUGCUCCCAAUCCUCGAGGCGGCAAAGGCACGUGUCCCAAAACCCACCCCACUCCCAGUGUUCCACGCUAUGCUUCGCGCGUCGAGACCGGUCGACACGGACCAGAUCGACUCAGAGGAGGUUAACCCGCGCGCCGCGGACCGCGAUUUUGUCCUUGCUACCGCGCGGAUGGCGUGGGACAAGGUCGUUCGCGACGAGGGUGUAGUCCCCGACGUACAGGCGUACUCGAUCUACCUCAGACUUCUAGGGUACCACGGCGAAUCGGGGGACAUGUUCAAGCUCUGGGAUGACCUCGUCCGUAACCAGGAGACGCGAAAGCUGUGGCUCAAGGAGCUUGAGGCUGAUCUCGCCUACCCUCCAACGAAAGCGGAGCUGAACGCUUGGCCACCAACUCUCGUCCUCAACCAAGUGAUCUCGUCUGCCUUCAUGAUCGGCGGCCGGCCGGCCGACAUGGGCAUGCGCCUCUUCGAGUUGUCCGUCAACCCAGACACCCCGCUGGUCCCAGACGUUGUGACCAUCAACACUGUCCUCCGAUGGGCGGCGCAUUUGGCCAACAUCGAGAUGAUCAACUCAGUCAUUGGGACGGCAGGCAAGAUGAAGAUCAAGCCUGACAUUGUGACCUAUACGACGAUGGUGCACGGCCUGCUGCGCGCCGAGCGGCCCGAUCUUGCACGCGCGACACUGGACGCGAUGCGGUCGCGCGGCAUCGAGCCAAACGACGUGAUGGCCUCGAUGCUGGUCGCCGACCUCGCGUCAGACGGAACGGCUGAGGGUCUCCGUCGUGCCGAAUACGUUAUCCGGGACAUGCGGUCGCGGGGGUUGAAGACGACACUGCCGAUGUGGACGGCCCUCGUGGGGGGUUACUUCUGCGGGGGGUGGGACAUUGACGGGUGGGAUGCGCUCAAGCGCAUGAAGGUGAACGGACACAAGCUAAACGACAAGGCGUUCAACAUCAUCCUCAGGCAACUGACGCGCGGACCUAAGGCCGAUCAAAGCGAGGUCAAGAAGCGCGCGCUCUACGGCGUGGACGACAAGGAUGGUGGGGGAUCGACCGCCAUCCGUGUCUUCCGACAGAUGGUGCGCGAGGGAAACGUCCCGACCGCCGACACGUACAUGAUCAUCCUCGAUCCCCUCACCCGGUCUCGACGCGUGAGCGAGGUGGAAGAGGUACUAGCAGAGAUCGACCGUCGUACAUUCCAAACCCUACGGCCAAAUCUCUUGCGCAUGAUCGAGCGCGCCCGCAACCUGGUCGCAAUCAACAACCGUUAG